AGUGUCUGGAGUAUUUUUUUUUUCCGCCUCCCUGAACUUUCUACUUCGAAAACAGCUUUUUAAAGUUUGCUUGAAACAAUGCUUCGGGUAAUUGUAGAAUCAGCUGCAAAUAUCCCUAAACAUACAUUUGGGAAACCAGAUCCUAUUGCAUCAAUUAUUUUUAAAGAUGAGAAAAAGAAAACAAAGAAAAUUGAUAGUGAACUCAACCCUGUUUGGAAUGAGAUUCUUGAAUUUGAUUUGAAAGGAUUACCACUGGAUAUUUCAUCAUCCCUGCAGAUAAUUGUGAAAGAUUUUGAAACUAUAGGGCAGAACAAGCUAAUUGGCACGGCAUCAGUAGCACUCAAGGAACUAGUAGGCACGCAAAGUAGAUCUCUUCCAUACAAGCUCAUACCCCUACUAAAUGAAAAGGGACUAGGAACUGGAGCAACAAUUGAUUUGGUGGUAGGCUAUGAGCCACCAGCUGGACUUCCAAAUCCAAAUGACCCAGGGGGAACUAACCCAGAGAGCACUGAAGAUGGUGAAGAAGAUGGCGGUAAUGAGGGUACACCCGAUGGUGGAACUGGAGUUCUCCCCCAAGGUGGUCCAAGCAGUUCCCGUGAAGUUCAGCUUGCUCAGCAUAUUACCAAAGGAAAGAAAAAACGCAGGGUGCUUUCUAAUAAACCUCAAGAUUUCCAGAUUCGUGUUAGGGUCAUUGAAGGCCGUCAGUUGUCUGGGAAUAACAUAAAACCAGUUGUAAAAGUACAUAUUGGUGGUCAGACUCACAGAACAAGAAUUAAAAGAGGAAACAAUCCCUAUUUUGAUGAGAUAUUUUUCUACAACAUACACAAUAUGACGCCUUCAGAGCUCUUUGAUGAAACCAUAAGCAUUCGGGUUUAUGAUUCUUAUUCUUUGCGUCCUGAUAGUUUAAUGGGGGAAUUUAAGAUUGAUGUUGGUUAUGUCUAUGAUGAACCUGGCCAUGCAGUCAUGAGAAAAUGGCUGCUUUUGAAUGACCCUGAAGACACCAAUUCAAGUCCAAAAGGCUACUUGAAAGUCAGCAUGUUUGUUCUUGGAACAGGAGAUGAGCCACCUGUGGAAAACAGAGAACGAGAGAAUGAAAAUGAUGAUGUGGAAACCAACCUGUUGCUCCCAGCUGGAAUAGUCCAUCGAUGGGUUACUUUUGUUCUUAAAAUCUACAGAGCUGAAGAUAUUCCUCAGAUGGAUGAUGCCUUUGCACAGACAGUAAAAGAAAUAUUUGGAGGAGAAGGUGACAAGAAAAACCUUGUGGAUCCCUUUGUGGAAGUUUGCUUUGCUGGAAAAAAGGUUUGCACCAAUAUAAUUGAAAAAAAUGCUAACCCUGAGUGGAACCAGCUUAUUAAUCUUCAAAUCAAGUUUCCCUCAAUGUGUGAAAAAAUAAGGCUGAUGGUAUAUGAUUGGGAUCGUCUUACAAAAAAUGACGUUGUAGGCACUACAUAUUUAUGCCUUUCCAAAAUAGCUGCCUCUGGUGGAGAAGUUGAAGAGCUUUCAUCUUCGGGAGCUGGGGCUUCAUCAUAUGAAGCAAAUACUGGAGAAACCGAAGUGGGCUUCUUACCAACAUUUGGACCUUGUUACCUGAACCUUUAUGGAAGUCCAAGAGAAUAUACUGGAUUUCCAGACCCAUAUGAUGACCUAAAUUAUGGAAAGGGAGAAGGUGUCUCUUACAGAGGCAGAAUCCUGGUUGAACUUUCUACAUUGCUCGAUAGCAAACCACAAGCGAAUAAAACUGAAACUAUACCCAGCAAUGAUGUAUUAAUUGUAGAGAAAUAUCAGCGCAGAAGAAAAUACAGUCUCUGUGCUGUGUUUCAUUCUGCCACCAUGUUGCAAGAUAUUGGAGAGCCCAUCCAGUUUGAAGUUAGCAUUGGCAAUUAUGGCAAUAAAUUUGACAACACCUGUAAACCAUUGGCAUCAACCACACAGUACAGCCGGGCCAUAUUUGAUGGAAACUAUUAUUAUUAUUUACCAUGGGCAAACAUAAAGCCAGUAGUAACACUGACUUCUUACUGGGAGGAUAUAAGUCACAGAUUGGAUCCUUUAAACUUGAUUCUUGCCAUGAUAGUAAAGUUGCAAGCAAACCUAACAGCUUUAAAAUCAGGAAUACAAGCAAAGAUGGCAGAAAAUCAAUUGGUAAAGAUACGUUUGGAGCUGAUCGAUGAACUUAUAGUGGACCUAAGUAAGGAGUUGCCUCGCUUAGAAGGCAAGCAGAAUGUCACCGUCCUUGACACACAGAUCCUCAAAUUGCGGGUCAAGUCCCUCCAUCAGAUUCAGGAAGCAGCAAUUAGACUCAGGAAUGAAGCCAUGGAUGUGAAGGCCACUUUGCCAAACAUAGAAGAUUGGCUGGACAAAUUAAUACAACUAACUGAAGAGCCACAAAACAGUAUGCCUGACGUGUUUAUAUGGAUGAUCCGGGGAGAGAAGAGACUGGCCUAUGCACGUGUUCCUGCUCAUGAGAUUUUACAUUCAACAUGUCCUGAAGCAUCUGGCAAAUAUUGUGGGAAAACUCAGACCAUCUUUUUAAAGUAUCCACAAGACAAAAACAACGUCAAAAUACCAGCACAGCUGCGAGUCAAUUUUUGGCUUGGCUUGACUGCAGUCGAAAAAAAAUUCAAUAGCUUUGCUGAAGGAGCAUUCAGUGUAUUUGCUGAAUUGUAUGAAAACCAGGCUCUUAUGUUUGGAAAGUGGGGAACCAGAGGGCUUGUUGGACGUCACAAGUUUUCUGAUGUCACAGGAAAAAUCAAAUUGAAACGAGAGUAUUUUUUGCCUCCCAAAGGAUGGGAGUGGGAAGACGACUGGUUCGUUGAUCCUGAAAGAAGCUUGCUGACAGAAGCAGAUGCUGGCCAUACUGAAUUCACUGAUGAAGUAUAUCAAAAUGAGAGCCGUUAUCCUGGAGGAGAAUGGAAAGCAGCUGAAGAUCAAUAUACAGAUGUGAAUGGAGAAAAAGCACCCCCACCAGGUGAAAUAUCAUGUCCUCCUGGCUGGAUAUGGGACGAUGAAGCUUGGAUAUAUGACAUCAACAGAGCAGUGGAUGAAAAAGGUUGGGAAUAUGGAAUUACCAUUCCUCCUGACAAUAAACCAAGAUCCUGGGGUGCAGCAGAAAAAAUGUAUCACACCCAUCGAAGGCGAAGGUUGGUUAGAAAACGCAGAAAGGAUCCAAACCAAACAACUGCAUCAAAGGGAGCCACAUCAUACGAAGAUCGUGAAGGUUGGGAAUUUGCAUCUUUGAUUGGGUGGAAGUUUCACUGGAAGCAACGUAGCUCUGAUACUUUCCGCCGCAGACGCUGGAGAAGAAAAAUGGCUCCUUCAGAUACACAUGGGGCAGCUGCCAUCUUUAAACUUGAAGGAGCUCUUGGAGCAGAUUUGAGUACUGAAGAUGGAGACCACACUUCUGAAAAGUCCACAGAUUCAGCAGCAGAUUUAUUUGGUGCAAACACUCCAACUGUUUCUUGCAACUUUGACAGAGUUUUUAGUUACCACCUUCGAUGUUACGUCUAUCAGGCAAGAAAUCUUACUGCUUUGGACAAAGACAGUUUUUCAGAUCCAUAUGCUCAUGUUUCAUUCCUUCAUCGAAGCAAAACAACUGAGAUUAUCCAUUCAACACUGAACCCAACCUGGGAUCAAACUAUUAUAUUUGAUGAACUUGAAAUUUAUGGUGAUCCCCAAAUGGUAGCACAAAGUCCUCCUCAGGUGGUUGUUGAACUUUUUGACAAUGACCAAGUGGGCAAAGACGAAUUUCUUGGAAGAACCUUUUGCUCUCCAAUGGUAAAAUUGAACCCAGAUAUUGAAAUAAAUCCAAAACUUCUUUGGUAUCCCGUUAAGAAUGGAGGCAAGGUUUGUGGAGAUGUUCUUUUAGCUGCUGAGCUUAUACUGAGUGAAAAGGGUGGCACCAAUCUUCCAAUUCUUCCUUCACAACGAGCACCAAAUCUAUAUAUGGUACCACAAGGAAUUAGACCUGUUGUACAACUUACUGCAAUUGAGAUCCUUGCCUGGGGAUUACGGAACAUGAAAAACUAUCAAAUGGCUUCUGUGACUUCUCCCAGUCUCAUUAUAGAAUGUGGAGGUGUAAUGGUAGAAUCUGUAGUGAUCAAAAACUUGAAGAGGACACCUAAUUUUCCUGGAUCUGUUCUCUUCAUGAAAGUGCUGUUGCCCAAAGAGGAAUUGUACACUCCAUCACUAGUUCUUAAAGUAAUAGAUCACAGGCAGUUUGGCCGUAAGCCUAUCGUGGGACAAUGUACAAUUGAUUUACUGGAGAGGUUUCGCUGUGAUCCUUAUGCUACUAAAGAAGAUAUUGCACCACAGAUGAAAGUUACUAUUCUAGCAGCUGCACCUUGCCGAGAUGUUGUAAUUGAAGUGGAAGAUGCCCAACCCUUACUCACUUCACAGCUCACUGAAAAGGAAAAAGAAGUUGUGGACUGGUGGAGCAAAUUUUAUGCUUCAAUAGGUGAUACUGAAAAAUGUGGACAGUACCUUCAGAAAGGAUAUGGUACAUUGAAGGUUUAUAACUGUGAACUGGAGAAUGUACCUGACUUUAGGGGUUUAACAGACUUCUGUGAUACUUUCAAACUAUAUCGAGGUAAAAACGAAGAAAAUGAUGACCCUACGGUUGCAGGAGAAUUUAAGGGCUCUUUCCGGAUCUACACAUUACCAGAUGAUCCAACCGUACCACCUCCUCCUCGGCAGUUUUGUGAGUUGCCAGACAGUGGGCCUCAGGAAUGCAUUGUACGGAUUUAUGUAGUACGAGGUUUAGAGCUCCAACCUAAGGAUAAUAAUGGACUGUGUGAUCCUUACAUUAAGAUCAGCUUAGGCAAAAAAGUUGUUGAGGACAGAGAUCAUUACAUUCCCAAUACACUGAAUCCAAUUUUUGGCAGGAUGUAUGAACUGAGCUGCUUCUUGCCUCAAGAAAAGGAUUUGAAAAUUUCCGUCUAUGAUUAUGAUCUGAUGACUCGAGAUGAAAAAGUUGGUGAAACUACAAUUGAUCUGGAAAACAGAUUCCUCUCCCGCUUUGGAUCUCAUUGUGGGAUACCACAACAACACUGCGUGUCAGGUAUCAAUACUUGGAGAGAUCAAUUAAAGCCAACACAACUUUUGCAAAAUCUUGCCAGAGUUAAAGGCCAUCGUACUCCAGUCCUCUCUGAAAAUGGAAAAAGAAUUAGUUUUGGAGGAAGGGACUAUACUUUGGAAGAAUUUGAGGUAAACAAAAUAUUGCACGAGCAUCUGGGACCUGGAGAAGAAAGGCUGGCUCUUCACAUUCUCAGAACUCAGGGCUUGGUGCCAGAGCAUGUGGAAACCAGAACCCUGUACAGUACCUUCCAACCCAAUAUUCCUCAGGGGAAGCUUCAGAUGUGGGUGGAUGUUUUUCCCAAAAGCUUGGGCCCACCAGGUCCUCCUUUUAACAUCACUCCUCGCAAGGCUAAAAAGCAUGAACUACGGGUGAUAAUUUGGAACACCAAGGAUGUCAUCCUGGAUGAGAAAAGCAUCACAGGAGAAGAAAUGAGUGACAUCUAUAUAAAAGGCUGGAUGCCUGGCCACGAAGAGUACAAACAGAAAACGGACGUCCAUUAUAGGUCCCUUGAUGGGGAAGGGAAUUUCAACUGGAGAUUUAUUUUUCCUUUCGAUUAUUUUCCAGCAGAGCAACUCUGUACAGUUUCCAAAAAGGAACACUUCUGGAGUCUUGACAAUACCGAAUUCAGAAUUCCACCCAAGCUGCUUAUUCAAAUAUGGGAUAAUGAUAAAUUUUCUUUAGAUGAUUAUCUGGGUUUUGUUGAACUUGAUUUGCACAAGGCAGUGGUGCCAGCAAAGGUUUCACAAAAGUGCAGUUUAGACAUGAUUCCAGAGCACAAGCCAAUGAACGUGAUGAAGAAUGUUAAGACUGCUUCACUCUUUGAACAAAAAUCCAUGAGGGGGUGGUGGCCGUGCUAUGUUGAAAAAGAUGGUUCCCGUGUUUUGGCUGGUAAAGUUGAAAUGACUCUGGAAGUGCUUGGUGAAAAAGACAUUGAGGAACGACCAGCUGGUAAAGGAAGAGAUGAACCUAAUAUGAACCCCAAACUAGACAUGCCAAACCGACCAGACACGUCCUUCCUUUGGUUCACAAAUCCAUGCAAGACCAUGAAAUUCAUUGUGUGGCGGAGAUUUAAGUGGGUCUUCAUUGGCAUCAUCAUCCUGCUGAUUGUGCUUUUAUUUGUAGCAAUCCUCCUAUAUUCCUUGCCAAACUACAUUUCAAUGAAGAUUGUGAACCCCUUUUCACCUCGUUAAGGAAGACAUUGUUCUUAAAGCUUGACUUUGAAACGAGGUUAUACAAUCUUUGGGCCAAAUUGAACCAUCACCUCAAAUUAUGAGUCUGUCUCUGAUCUCCAGAGUUUUGCACCGAAAAGGAUCAUUUAUGCAAAUUCAACUACUAUCCAAGAUAUUUUGAGAAAUAACAGCCGAAAGUGACUAUAAUUUCUGAAUUAUGACUUUGAUAGAAGAUUAUAAAAUGAUCUGUCUGUUUGGUUUUUAAACAUUUUUCUCAAUGUACCAUUCAUUAUUUUUUUCAGUUUUACCUUCCUUUUUAAAAUAUACUUAAUGUAUUUACACUGUAAUUCUGUACGUGUCUACUGGCAAGUAGUAAGCCCUUUGAGUUUCACAGGGACUGACUUCCAGGUAAGUGGAAACUUCAAAGGUUUAUUUUAAUUAUGAGCAGUUUGAAAUGGUGCCUCUUAACUUUAUUCUUACAAAAGAAAAGACUAUAAAAUGGUUCACUAGUGGCAUGAAUAGGAUACUAUAAAAGGUCAUAAUAAUAGCUCUAAGCUUCAUUUUGCUACAGUCCUGCCUUAUAAACAAAAGCAAUGAAAUAAAG